AUGGUUCCACCUGGUGCUCGGCCUCGCUCUCUGAACCGAUCCAUCGCCGGAAUUCGCAGCCAAUGGCCAGCACCUUCAACUCCGAAGCAGGCCGCCGAGCUUCACGCCCACAUGGUCGUCACCGGCGCCGUCCGCCACCCUCCAUCGUUGGCCCACCUCAUGAUGUGCCUCUCCGAUCCCAACGGCGGCGAUGAUCUGGAUCACGCCUUCCGGGUCUUCUCCGGCGUGCCCGGCCCCUCCACAUUCCUCUGGAAUACCCUCGUUAGAGCCUGCUGCCGGCACAACGCUCCGGCGGAGUCCAUCCGGCUCUAUCGUCGGAUGAGGCGGGAGGGCGUGGAGAUGGACGCGCACACCUUCUGCUUUGUUUUCAGAGCGUGUGGCCUCUCCUCCGCUGGUGAAAGCCAGGCGGUGCACGGAAACUUCCUCAGGGCCUUCGGCGAAGGUGAUGAUCCUCUGGUGGGGAACUCUCUGAUUCACAUGUACUCGGAGCUGGGUUUGAUUGAGCUCUCAAAGAAGGCGUUCGAAGGGAUUAAUCACAAGGACGUGAUCUCCUGGACGACGAUAGUCGGCGGGUACGUAAAAUCAGGUCGUCUGGAUGAGGCACAGAACUUGUUCGAUGAAAUGCCUGUUAGGAACGUGGUUUCUUGGACUAGCCUGAUGACAGGUUAUUCUCAGGCAGGACGGCCAGCAGAAGCAGUCCGCACUUUCAAGGCCAUGCUGUCUGCCAAUGUGAUGCCAGACUCCGUCGCGAUUGUCUCUGCUCUCUCUGCUUGCUCUCAGUUAAAGGAUCUCGAACUGGGCAGGUGGAUACACGCCGUCGUCGAUGAUCAUAACAUCAGACUUACUAGAAAUCUAUCCGUUGCCAUGAUUGAUAUGUACUCCAAGUGCGGCGACUUGCCCUCUGCUCGCCGAGUCUUCGACUCCACAGGCUGGAUGAAUUUGUCGGCGUGCAACGCCAUGAUCGACGGAUACUGCAAACUGGGCCACGUGGAAUUAGCUCGCGCCAUCUUUGACGAAAUGGGCGACCGCGAUCUCAUAUCCUUCAAUUCCAUGAUCGGCGGGUAUGUCCAAAACAGUGAUGUCAGAGACGCGCUAGCCGUGUUUUCAGAGCUGCGAGCGAUGGGUUUGAAGCCUGAUAACGUCACCAUGGUGACAUUGCUCGCCGCCUGCGCGUCCCUCGGAGCUCUGCAACAGGGAAGGGCCCUUCAUGCGCACGUCCUGGUGUGUUCCAUCCGGGUGGAUCUUCACCUCGGGACUUCACUCCUGGACAUGUACGCGAAGUGCGGAAGGAUCGAAGAUGCGCGCCUGGUGUUUGAAAAGAUGCCCGAGAAGGACGUCUUAGCUUGGACUGCGAUCAUUUCAGGGCUUUCCGUGCACGGGCAGGGCAGAGCGGCCCUGGAAUACUUCUCCGACAUGCAAAAGCAAGGGAUCAGGCCCAAUGGGGUGGCCUACAUUGGUGUUCUUACGGCGUGCAGUCACUCAGGUCUCGUGGAGGAUGGCCGCUGGCAUUUUGAAGAGAUGAGAUCCCUCUUCAGAAUAGAGCCUGAGAUCGAACACUACGGGUGCAUGAUCGACCUUCUGAGUCGAGGCGGGUACUUGAGAGAGGCGGAGGAGCUUAUUCAAGCCAUGCCGAUGGAGCCCAAUGCCGUCAUCUGGUCUUCCUUUCUUGCUGCAUGCAGGUUUCAUGGAGAUGUCCGACUGGCUGAGAAGGCGGCCGGGCGGCUUCUUCUGCUCGAACCGCACGAAGACGCCGCGUAUGUUCAACUCUGCAACGUGUAUGCGAGUUCCGGAAUGUCUGCGAGUUCUUCUGAGAUCAGGCGUGUGAUGGAGGAGAGAGGGAUCAAGAAGACGGCGGGAUGCAGCUCCGUCGUGGUCAACGGAGAGAUCCACGAGUUCAUCGCUGGCGACCGAUCGCACCCCGAGAUCUCGGACAUCCGGGAGAUGAUGAGCGAGAUGGCGCGGAGGCUGAGGGAAGCGGGGUAUCUGCCGGAUACGUGGAGGGUCACGAUCGACGUGGAUGAGGAAGAAAAGGAGGAGUCUUUGCUCGUUCACAGCGAGAGGAUUGCCAUCGCCUUCGGGCUGAUGAAGUCGGGCGCCGCACAUCUGCCUAUUCAGAUCCUGAAGAACCUACGCACGUGCGAGGACUGCCAUCAUGCCAUUAAAUUGAUCUCCAAGAUCUGGAACAGGACGAUCAUCGUCCGCGACCGGAGCCGCUUCCACCAUUUCACCGAUGGACAGUGCUCGUGUGGCGAUUUUUGGUGA